AUGACUAGAUCACUAUUGUCACUGCUGGAAGAUGAUGAAUUGAUUGAUGAAAUUGAAGAAAUUGAUUACGAUCUUCUACCGUUUGAGGAUUCUGUGCGCAAACAGCAACAACAACAACAACAACAACAACAACAACAGCAACAGCAGCAACAGCAGCAGCAGCAGCAACUUGAUCAUGCAACGUUUGUUCCAACUAGACCUAGAUCAACACCACCACAUUUAGGCAAUACGCGAAUAUGUCUUCCUCCUAAUAAGAACAACACUAAUCGAUAUACGAAUGAGCUAUUUGACGCUACAAACAAUUUUACUGCCAAACAGAGGCGACUGUCAACCAAUGCGCGAAAUUUGCAAAAUUUACAAGAUUGUAAAGUGAUGCCACCUGACCAAAAGUUUCUUGGAUGUGUUGAAUGGAAUCAAAUGGAGGAAAUUGAUUUUGAGUUGGAUGACGUGACAAGAACUAGAGUGUUUAAUAAUCGAUUCAAGAGACCUAUUGAUGAGAUCAACCCUGAGCUAAGCGAGUAUUUCAGAAUACGUCGUAAUGAAAACAAAGAGAACUUGUCCAAACCGUAUAAAGUGACAAAAAAACCGCCAGCAUCGAGCAAACGUAAGAGCUUACCCUUAGUUGAAACCAACAAUAUCCAGAAAAGGACCGUCCUGCCAUUCAAGAAACUAUCACCGGAAGCUGUUACUAAGACAGUCCCAGAAGGUGUAUGCCAGCCAAAACAUCAAACCCUAACACCUUCGAAGUCGUGUCUUUCGAUCGAUGAUGCCAAAAUAUACCUAAUUGAAUCACUGUCAGGACUAAUCAACCAAGCCACUGAUUUUGCCACUGAACUUAAUGGGUGUACCAAUGAGUCGCUACCGUUUCCAGAACACGAAAAUGAAGUGGUGCAGAUACCAACAAACUCUAGUGAUGCUCAACAAAUGGCAAUAAUACGAAUGUUUAAUAUCAAAAUGGAUAGAGCAAGAAAGGGGAUACGAACGGGGUUUUAUUCAGAAAAGGAGUUUAAAGAGUAUCAGGCCAGACUCAAGCCACAAGAAGCCAUGAAUGUGAUGAAAGAUACUGGAAUUGAGGUUGUAUCUCAAUCUUCAGAAUCCAAUGCAGAAGAUAAAAACGUCUCCAAAAAGAAGGAGAAAAGAGUUCAAUGGCCUGAUAGCCUAGAAUGGUGA